CGUUGGCCGCUGGACUCCCUUCGCGGCGUGCAGACGCGGCGGUACCUCCUCCGUCGCAGCGCCCUCGAGAUAUUUCUCUUGGAUCGGAGGGCGUAUUUCCUCGACCUGCGCACGCAGGAGCAGCGUACGCGGGUUUACAGCACGGUGGCCGGGCUGAGGCCGCGACACUGCGGCAAGUUUCUCGAAAUUGGUAACUCGUCCCCGGAGGCGCUGUUUCGAAAGAGCGACAUCACCGCGCGCUGGUGCCGCCGCGAGAUGAGCAACUUUGACUACAUCAUGGCGCUCAACACCCUCGCGGGUAGGACGUACAACGACAUAACCCAGUACCCGGUGUUCCCCUGGGUCAUCGCCGAUUACGAGUCGGAAACGCUCAACCUGGACGACCCGAAGACGUACAGGGACCUCGGGAAACCGGUUGGCGCGCUCACCAAAUCCAGACUGGAACGAAUCAAGGAGCGUUACGACGCCUUCGACGACCCGGAUAUUCCCAAGUUUCACUACGGCAGCCACUACAGCAGCGCGGGCAUCGUGCUGUUCUACCUCUUGAGGCUCGAGCCGUUCACGUCACUCGCGCACCAGCUGCAGGGGGGCAAGUUUGACCACGCCGACCGACUCUUCAAUGACGUUCCAACCUGCUGGAAAGGCGUCACGUCCGACGUGUCCGACGUGAAGGAGCUCAUCCCCGAGUUUUAUUACCUCCCGGAGAUGUUCGUCAACGUCAACAACGUGGAUUUCGGGGUGAAGCAGUCCACCGGGCGGACCGUUAACCACUGCGGAUUGCCGCCGUGGGCCGCGGACGCCUUUGACUUUGUCACCAAAAAUCGCGCCGCGCUCGAGAGCGAGCACGUCUCCAGGCACCUGCACCUGUGGAUAGACCUCGUCUUCGGGUACAAGCAGCGCGGGCCCGCGGCGGUGCGGGCCAACAACGUUUUCUAUUACCUGACGUACGAGGGGAACGUGGACAUGGAGGCGAUCACCGACCCGACGCUGUUGAAGGCGACGCAGGACCAGAUCGCCAACUUUGGCCAAACCCCGAGCCAGCUCACGCGCAAGCCCCACCCGCGGCGGAUGA